GGCAGUUCGGGUGGCGGAAUUUUUUUAAGUCAGGAGUGAAAAAAGAUUCAUUUUCAUACAUACCAACAUCUGUAUCUCACUCCUUAAAAUAACCAGACGGUUUUUAAAUUAACAUAAUAACCUCUCUGUGAAGAAGUCCAUUCCAAAGAAAAAUAAACGGUUUUACAAAAAUGUCCCAAUCCCACAUAUCUUAGUGUUAAAUUUAAAUAAAAAGUAAUGUGCACUUUUCUGUAUGCAGGAUAGGUACUUUAACUACCUACUAUAAAUAAUGCCGGUAAAAAUAAAACGCAAAAUAAAAAGCUUCCAUUGUAGUGAAUGAGUAAGCGCCUGCCUCUGUGUAGUUGUUCAUAUCGAUUUUUGUGUGGCAGAGUUUGAGUCUACAACAAAACGGCAACGAGUCCUUCCAAACGAAAACCAUAGUCAGUGCUCUACCUCUAACACUAGCAGGCAACAACGACCUUUUAUAAGGGGUUACAGUGUGCCAGUCGAAGUUGAAGUCGAAGUCGAUUCGACGAAACUUUUAAGUCAAAACUUGAAUAAGGAAGAACAUCCCAUCUCUCCAAAAAUAAAAAGAAAGAAGGAAACAAAAGGUGGUUCAUUGUAUCUGUGUGGCAUUCGUGCUAUCUACCGCCAAAGAUUGGAUAGUCAACAUUGUAGAUAGGUAUUGUUCGUCUAUUUGAAGAAAGGGUGGCGAAGAGGCAUCAGCAAAUACACCCUGUCGAUGUACACACAUAUAUCCUUCCCACCUUUGAGAUAGUUACAGGGUGUUAAAGUAAUUUUUCUAUAUCUAGUGUGGUGGGUGGUUUUUGGAUAAGAACAGGAAGACGUCAAAUCAAAUGGUGUGUCUGACCUUAAGACGGUUUUCUAUGUGAAUUUGGGAAAAAAAUUCAACAAAAAGCAAUAUGUAGGUACAUACGUAGAUACUUACAUAAAAGAGUUUUAUUUUUCAGGUUCAAUUUGUCAUAAUAAUAAUACAUCAGUUCGGGCAAGAAUCCCAAUUAAACUUUAAAUCAUGAAGAAUAUAAUUAGCUUGGAUGUUAUAAAAAUAAAGGAAAAUCUAUAAAAUUCUCAAAUCAAUUAAUAUUGUCUGGAUGAUCCUGAUGUUUGUGUCUGCUCAACAGGAUAACAUACAGUGAAGUGUUAUUAAUAUUGUGUUUGGUUAAACUAUUUAAAAUUGAUGUGCUAAAUUAAUUAUUCAUAUUUACCCACAAAUAGUGAAAAGAUAUAAAUCAUUUAAUUUAAAUGUUGAACAAAUAUUCAUGGUGAUAAAUAUUCUAACAUUUGGAUAAAUGCAGUAAUUAAGAACAUUAUUGCAUUAAUUUAUUGAUGAGAGUGACAAGUACAUAAUAUGUAAAAAAUAUCAUUAGCUACUUCAGUGGAACUUUUUAUUCAAUUACCACCGAAACUUGUGUACAUAUUGAUCAAGUAUUAUAAGAGCUUAACAAAUGCAGGAAACGAAUAUAGCAUAUCAUGGAAAGAAACAUAAUCAUUUUAUAAAUUUAAGAAAAACUAAAUCCAAAAAAAAUUCUUUCGAUGUGAUGGGUGACAUAAGUAUGAUUAACUAUCAUUAGGAAAACAGCAACCGACCAAUCAUCAAACACAAAACCAUUAAGAGGAGGAUAUAAAAUGUCAAUAACUGGUUCCCUUGUUGGUUAUGAAAACAACAACGAAGUCGCCAAUAGCAAGAAAUCUUCAUCAACAUCGUCCCGUUCAAUUCUGAAUACCUCCGCCGGCUCAAUGGCCAAAACGUGUCCCAGUCUCAAUUCGAGCAUAAACAAUUCGGUUAUAACGACGACAAGUAGUAAUCUCAGCCAUCACAAUGCAAAGUAUCCAAAUUCAAAAAGGAAACCAACCAAGUAUCAACAGCAACAUCAACAGCAAGCGCCACCCUACGGCAAGGAUCACAAAAACUAUCUGCACUUAAAUUCAUUGUGGUCUAUAUGGUAUGGCAUAUUGCUGACAUUGUUUCAGGGAUAUUUGGCUGUGCACGGUGCUUAUAGAUUUUUGGGUUGUUCUCUUAUCCAAUGGAAAAUAGAACCAGUAGCUGAACUUAAUUUGCAAAUUGUCCUCUGUGGAGUGGUUUUUAUAUUAUUGCCUCUGUUCUUCACAUCAGCAGUUUUCAAAGUGGGCAACUUGGCCAACGAUGGAAUCAAACUGGCCUGUCUGACGGAAAAGAGAUGUUCCUUAUCGCCGCAUGACGGCCUGGUCGAGGAAGCCCAAGGUGGCACUUUACGAGCUCUCUGGACUCAUGGCGGUCCAACAGCGGCCUUUAUCCACAUACUGAUUGCUAUGUGUCUUUUGCUGCCCCGGCUUCUAUUGGAGGCGAGAAUAAUUGAAAACGGACUCCUUCCACGAGAAAACAUCUGGCAAACCGAACUGGAUUUUAUAGCCAUAAAUCGAAGGAAUCUUGUUGUUCUUUCGGUUAUAUCGUCACCAUAUCAAAACAUAUCAGAGGAGGAAGUCUACAAUGACACGCUCUUCAUAGCAAAUAACAACAAGCUAUAUGAAAGUAAUGAAGAACAAUACAGAAUAGCAUAUCCAAAGUCAGCCUUCUUCGAAGUGCCUGACCUACUUGAAGCAAACAAUAGUAAUGAGAGCAAUGAAGAGGACCUGGACAAGAUGCGCUCAACAAUGCCAAUGAGUGCCUCCACCACAACCACUGUGACAAAUAAACAAUCGACCAUCAAAACGACACCAACAACGACGACUUCGACAACUACCACGACUUUAACAACGCUAAUUAUUCCAACAACUACCAAGGGAGCAACUACCACCACCAAGUCGACAUCACCUGCGGCGGUUGGCCACACCAGAGCAUCGCACCGGCGAAAUGGCAAUAGACAGCACAGGAAUAGGUCACAUAGAAAACAUUCCCCAAAGACCGAAGAAUCCCGCACAUCGCGUUCCGAAGAGACCUACAGGGAACUCGAAUUGCGCCACUCAAAGACUAUUGAUUUUAAUCGCCUUGAAGAUUUGGAAAUGGUAACCGUAUUCGAAAACCCCUCAGUGGGAAAGUCUUUGAUACCCACCACGUCAAGAAAACGACCAAAUAGCGUUGAAGAAGAGCUGGAAUACGGGGGCAGCAGACAACCCACAACCACCACAACCAGGCAAACAACCACCACACUAAAAGACAGCAACAUCCACAUUGUGAAACCAGAAAAACUACCUGAAAUCAUUCCGGCAACACCGCUUGCAUCCAAUUCGAAGAUCUUCGAAAUCAAAACAAAAUCCAAAAAAGUCAAACGCAUGGCAGAUGAUGAAUUGCAAGUUGAGAUCGAGCCAGAGUACUUGAUUGGGGAGCCGCCGCUAAAUGAGUCCACUGACAUCGUUGGCAUCGGUGUUGGUGUUGGAAUCGUUGAUGGCGGUGCAACAGCACCUGGUCUUAUGCGGCUUGAUGGCUUCUCGGGAAUGCUACAAACCUUUUUUGGCAUCGAGAAAGAGAUCGAUGUCACGGUCUUUUCCCAUCCGCCAAGUGCAGAAUUUAUGAAUCUGGUUGUGGCGCUGCUUGUUUGGUCUGUUCGCUAUCCCGCCGUCUUCUGGUCAACGACUAAACCAUUUGCUACCAUAUUUAGCAUUCAAAUGGUUGCCUCGUCCUUAGAGAUUAUUUUCAGCUUUAUCGGAAUAUCAAACCUGUAUAAAUUGCAAAUAUUCAGCGAGGCUAUGCCAGUCCAUAAUCCCGGUUUAAUACUAAAUGCAGUUGUGACGCUAUCCCUUUUCAUAUUGGCCACCAUUUUAGUGCUCUCUUCCUCGAUGAUCAUGUACUUAUAUGGGCAUGGUAGGUUGGCAGCAAAAAUGCGCGAUCGUUCCUUAAUCACGAUGAAGACAAGUGAGACGUGGAUAUACUUUGCACAUUGUGCUUCGUUGUGUUUUGUUCUGGCUUUGGCAGUGGUCAAGGCACCGCUGCUUAAUGACUUAAGUGCUACCUACAGAAAUAACUUGCACUGUCCGACUUUUAUUUCGGCACUGAUGUCUGUUGUCCACAUUCUACUAUGGAUAGUAAUUUGGCUUGGACUAACAGCCAAACGACGUUGGAGCUUCAAACUACCACCCAUUGAGCAUUUUGGCAUCACAAAAGGUGCUACCCAACCACUUUUAAUUUCAACUCGCAAUAGCAACGCCAGUGUGGUGGGGAUGGAACAUAAAGGUGCAAUUAGUACCACAUCCAGCACGGACGGUGUGGAGGACAUCUAUUGGCCCAAAUUGACACCAAGCUCCCCAAAAUUAAAAGUAACAUUCAAUGAAGUAACGAGUACGUGUGACGAUGGUGACGAACAAGAUGGCAAGCGCCAUUCGCCCCGUGGAGCCACGCUAUGUAUUGCCGGUGUUACGGGGGAAAUUGAUGACGGAGACUAUGCCACAUUAAGAAGUGCAUCAACAGUGGCCGGUGGCAGUAUUAAAAUACUCCACUUAAGUGAAUACGAUGAACUUCCUCCACCUCCGCCACUGCUGAUGCCACCACCCCCACCCCCACAUGUAGAGUACUUGGACGAUAAUACCUCAGAGGAAGGAAAACUUUUGGCUUGUGUUCGUGAUGAUAGUGUUACUUAUGCAUCUACAAGAGAUUUGGAGCCACCACAUCCUCAUUCACAUGCACAGCCGCCACCUCUUUCAAAUGCAACAUCACCCAGUGGAAUUGCCCCGCAAGCUCAACCUGAAAAUAUGCAACUAUCUUCAUCACCGGAGCAUUUGAUUAGUCCUUUAGCUCCAGUUACAGUAACUUUACACACCAGCGAAGCACAUAUUGCAUCCAGUUCUACUCCACGAUGUCUCAGACGAGCAGAUUCCGGUGUACCCAACGAAGCAUUAACACCACGUAGCGAUACAACUUCGACAACAGAAAGCACAACAUCUCCACCAGAACGUGCACCAUCUGAAUCCUCGAGUGGUGUACAUUCCGGUGAAGAACGUGAAGAAGUUGUUAUCCGUCCACGUGCUGCAAGCAAACCACCACCAAAACCACCCCAACCACCAAUUGCUGAAGAGCCUUACGGUCGCUCCACUAACAUGCGAAUGUCCAGCUUCAAUAACGACACAAACGGUAAUGGUAGCUGCAACAGCCUAAACAGCAAAUCCAAUAGUGCUACCCUCCCGCUCCAAAGAACAAUGCCCGAGCAAAAAAUCGAUUAUUCACACUGCAGUACGAUGCCACUGCCAAUGGGGUGUCACAGUCAAGCGUCAUUACAAUACAGACCCCAAGGUUACUCACCCCAAACGGUAAUGUCUUCAAUGGGAGUAGUCGCAGCUAAGCAACAUGUAUCACAUACAACAUUACCGAAUGGUGUACGUUACUCUAAUCCACACUUCCUACGACGCAUCCCUCACAUUACAAAAGCCGAAUCUCCAUACGGGCAUUUGGGACUGGGGGCUGGCCAUCAUACAUUUUCGAAGCUGCUCCAAGACCCAAUGCAAAUUCAUAGUCUAGUUAACACAUCCAUUCCGGAAGACAGAGAUUCGGCCAACUAUUCGAUGUCCUCUGAUCAGGAUUGUCUGUAUGCAACGACGACACACCAUCAUCAUUCUCACCAGCACCAACAUGCAAACUGAGGGUUACUAUUAACAUUAAAUUAAACAGUACUUCUUAGUUAAUUAUAAUUUACAACCCCUCUGCCGGCUUACACAUACUCGUACUGAUCAAAAACAUACCAAUGACUACUAUGCAUUAAAAUUUAAGAGUUUAGUUACAAUAUGAUGUUUGUGUUGUUGUUCAAUAAGUAUUUGCAUACAUACAUAUAUAAGUUUAUUCUGAAAAUUUCUUACAUUACAUAGAUAUAAUAGUUUAAUUUUAUUGACCCCCCAGUAUUGCCCCAAAAAUGUGAUUACAAGUUACCGAUUAGCACAAAUCUUAGGAACCUAUACGAAACAAUUUAUUUAUAGUUACAGUCCAGUUCAAUAAUAAGGAAAUAUAAGGUAAGUUUAAAAAAUCAUAUCAUACCAUACAUAAGAAUAUAGAUUAAUUUUGUUUUAUUAAUAAUUUACUAAUUAUGUUAGCACUUCUCUUGUGGAAUUUUAUUGAAGAAUACAUUUGUGUUGAAUUUCGUUUUUGGAUUUUUUAAAAAUAAUUUUGUAAGUUCCUCGUGUUAUUCCAGGUGAAGUGAAAUAAGUCCAAACUUCAAGAAUUGGCUCAUUUCACUUUUGUGAAGUGCAAUAAUAUAUUUCACUUUUGUAAAGUGCAAUUGGUCCAAGUUUUGAAAAUUGGUCUUAUUUUACUUGACCUUAUUUCACUGCACCGUUUUUCCAUUCAUUUAAGUCAAUGACAUUCAUAUAAGCUGUACAAAAGUGUCUUACACCUUAUUGUCGAAAACAAAUAAAGUGCUGAAGGCGUUUCUUGCUGCACAACUCUGUAUGUACUUACUUUUGUAGUUUUUUUUAAUUUGACAGCUAUUCCGGCUUUAGCUCUUUGUUUAUUGCCUUCACAAUAAAAUUGUUUUACAAAGUACAUAUGUACAAACUUGACUGAUUUAAUUUCAUCAAAAAUAGAUUUAUAAAAAACUAAAUUUAAAAUGUAUUCCUUUUUGAAGUUAAAAUUAUAAAACAUUUACUAUUAACAAAACCCACAUUCCUUUCAUAGAUCCCGCUCCAAGAAUUUAAAAGGCUUUCUCUAAGUUCAUCAUUAAAAGGUACUUUUUUGUCUGAUCCCUUAGCCGACAUUAAUCCACCGAACGAAAGUGAUGUCACUCUCAAGUAUCUACUCAUUGUCUACAUUGUGUUCCCUGUUCAGUUUAACUUGUUUACUUCUUCCAUCAUUUACCUUCUGAGGUAAAAACUAUAAGAACAAAUGAAAAUAUACCUUUAGAAAAUAUAUACAUACAUAGAAAACACAAGAUAAAAGGACAUUUUUAAAAAAACACAAAGGACUCUAAUAAAUUAAAGGAUUUACGCGAUUUAUUCUUUAGUCCCUUUUCUUUUCGUCAUAAUAAAAGUUUCAUAUUUCGAAUGCCAAUUGUCGCAUGGUCGUCGCGUCGGUCGUCAUUGCUCCUACAUGGCAGGUAGAUUACAGGCUUGCCAGAGUGCACGAUGUAUCACAAUUUUUCCUUUUAAUUAAGUAUCAAACAUAUGUACAUACAUGCAUAUCGAAAACUUGUAAAAAACAAUUGAAUAAACUCAUAAUUGUAAAGUGUGUUUUGGAGCCAAAAUCAGACGAAAAUGCUGUGGCUCCGAGUUUAAACAAAUUAACUGUCAUCGGCGAACCACAAUUUUCGAAUCUAAGUUUGAUCCCACCACCAGGCCUGCGAUAGCCAGAUUUAAAAGCCUCCGCCUUUUUGACGUGAUAAAAUUCAGCAAACAAUUUUUGUCGAUUAAUCGAACAAACAAAAUAUGUAAUUCAAUUUUAAUAGAUCCAAACCGAUUUCCUUAAAGACUUUGUGAAAUUAAUUUAAUCCUGACUUAUUCUUCCUUGUUUGGUUUUAUCUUACUCAAAAUAAUAAAAUAAUAAUAAUAAUUAUUUAAGGUAUAUUUACAUAUGUAAUUUCUAUUUGAAACAAUUAUUAUUUAAAGUUUUAUUAAAACAAAAUCAAGCUAACUUGUGUUUCCAUAAAUUAUUAAUUUUUAAUUCUUUAGUUUUGCAAGAGUUUAAUUAAACUAAUAACCAGUUUCUCUAAAACUCAGUUUAUUAAUAAAUUAGAUUUAAUUGAUUUAAUAACAUGGACGGUUUUGCCAAAAUGUAUAAAUAUUAGCUGCAUAAUGUAAAAUAUGUAGUACCCGUAGCAUGCGAGAGGUCUUGGGUUCAAUCCCUGACUGUGCCACUUAAGGUUUUAUCACGGGUAUUGCUAUCAUAAAACAUGCUUCAAAUUGCGCCACCUAAGUGUUAUGGACGUUGACAGUUUCAUUAAGUGUAAGUUACACUUGCAUUUAAGCUCGUUAGCUUUUGUACUUUUCAGGCCCUUUGUUUUAGUAUUAUAUAAAAAAAACAAUCUUGAAUGAAAUCCAUUAAAACACAGUUUUUAUUUAAAAUAAAAUGAGAAUAUCAAAAGAAGUUCUUAAAAUAAAUAUCUGCUUCAACAAAAUCCGACAGAUGUUUUUAGUUUUGUUCGUAAAAUUUCAGAAUUUUGAGCCAGAAAAGCAAAAAACACGCUAAAACUCAAUUCCAUUCAAAUGAAAUCUAAAAUUUCUACAACUCAAAAAUGAUUUCAUACCGAGUUCUAGAUAUGAUUAUAUGUGUGCAAAGAAAUGCUUGUGCUCAAAAUAUUUGUAAAAUUAAGUUCGAAAGAUAAACCGAUAAUUACUAGAUCGAGUAUUUUGUAUUUACUUUAGAACUUUGUCAAGAAAUUGGCCGUUAUUUAUUAUGUUUCAAACGUUGUUACAUGCAAGCGUGUAUGACAGUUGCUCAUGCAGUUUUUUUUUUCAAAAGCCUGACAUUAUUUUCCUACAUGCCCCGAAAAUUAUUUGCAUCUGAUCACGAAAGAGAAGUUAUCUCAUACAUUUGAAUAUUUCCAAACAAUCAUUUAAUGUAUACACCUGUUUCAAUGUGCAAUAAAAUGUAUAUUUUCCUGUCUUUAUUCUGUGUAUACAAAAAUUAAUUGCGAUAUAAGCUCUCACAAAUCUGGCAAGCCUGGUCUAUUGUUGGAAGCCAUGAGCCCAUCAGCAUCCAGUAUAAGGAUAAGUGCGAGUAAGUAAGUGAGUGAGAAGAAAAAGAAAGGAUGAAUAAUCGCUUCUGUCAACAGAUUGCAUUUUUAAAUCUAACCAGAGGAUGAUCCACAGAUAUUGGAUGUCCUUGGGGAUGAGAGUACUACAUACAAAUAUACAAAUAGACAUAUUAUACCAGGAUAUGGUACAUCUAUAUUUACAUUAUAUCUACUAGAAGAAAGCAAGCAAGAAAGAUAUUGCAGGUUUAUAAACAUAGAUUGCUCUUGAAUGUAUUUGACAAAGAAUAAAAAGUAUUAUUCUGUCUUUGGUAUCUAAGGUUGCUGACCUGUACGCUGGCUUUAUUAUUUGUUUUUGAAAACACGGGUAGUACCAAUAUCUUUUGGAUUUAUGAAGAUAUUUUUUCGAUUUUAAGGUUGAAUGUCCAUGAAUUUACAUUAUUUCAAAUGUUAACAUAUUUUCUAUUGAAAACUUGAAGGAAACAUUUAAAAAUUUGUGAAAUUUGAGAUAUGAUUGCAAGACUCUAUACCUGGAAAUCAUUUUUGAAAAAUCAUGUAGAAAAUAUAUUCUUAGAAUUAAGUUAACUUUUGGUCUUGUGAAAAAAAAUUGCUUGGACUCGUCGUCAAACCAGGAGUUUAACUGUAGUUACCUUGUGAAACCUAACACAAUAUUACCACUGGUUUCAAUGUCUAAUGAAAGUAGCAUAGGACAUCCUAAGAGGUUGUUAGAGACUCGAUCGGAAAAGGACAUGGCAGUCUCUUGCGAUUGUAACCUAACAUCGAUGUCGGAACAUUUAGACAUCCUGUAUAUUGGAGAAGUGUCGUGCGUCGAUGGCAAUGUGGUUUAUCUGGUUGACAGUUAAUUGAUCACUGUUAACACAAAAGACAUUUAGCUGAGUCUAGACCCAACAACAAAUCCACACCCAAAUAAACGCUGCCUUUGUUCUAGGUAUAUAAUUAGCGCCUCCGCUAGCUAUUUGGCUGCACGUGCCCUAUUAAGGGACCUAACAUUCUAUGGUUUGCGUAGACGCCACCGUUGACCCUUUCUUGGGAAUUCUUCCGCUGAUUUCUGGAUAAGGAGAAUUUUGCUAGAAUCUUUGUGGUUAGAAUACAAUCUCCAGUUGAAGUUCUAGGCACCGGAUGUUCAACGCGGGGAAGUGAUAGUAGGAGUUGAUUUAAAGAAGUCGAUUUUAAAAAAAGCUGUGCACGCUUAUGUCCUCUUGAAAGCACAUGUUAACUAUUUAAGGAACUAAAAUAAAUCGUUCAAAAGGAAAUCGUAUAGAUUUAAAAACAGUUUUCAUUCAUUUCAUCUCUCAAGUAUUUGCUGGAAAAACAACCUAUUUUGCCGUUUUAAAAUUCAAAUCUUAUAAUCUCAUCGCUAGAACCGUUCCUUAAAACUAUCCAUAUCAAACACCACCAAAAACAUUUACCUACUCAAUUUAUGAGAAAUAAAAACAAAACAAAAAAAAACAAUAAACAAAAACAUUUUCUAAUUAAUCCAAAAUCGAAGGAAACGCAUUCAUUUAUUAAUGAGUCAAAUUAAAAAAUUAAAAUCACCAAAUAAAAUGUCCAUAUUAUAAGUUAAAAUUAAAAAUAACCAUUUAUGCUUUUAGCUUCACUAGCUCAGUCAAAUACUAUACCCAUAUAAAGAAGUUAUAUAGAAAAUCAUUCGCUUUAGCAAUGUUUAAUCAAACAGAAGAUCUUAAUUACUACUAACUAAAUAAUUUAAUAAUUAAAAACCUUAAUAACAAAAAAUUACAUUGAGCGAAAGAAAAAUACAAAAUUCAUACAUACAUACAUAUGUAUGUAAUAUAUUGACAAGAAAAUAUUUGAUACUAAAAUAAUGAGAUUUACCAUAAACGCUGAAGUAUACUGUUUAACCUCGG